CGCAAUUAAAUCAAACAACAUCAAGCUUUGACAAAGCGUGCACUGUCUUGUUUCUGCGGUUGAAAUAAUUUCACAACAUCAAGUAACCAUAGCGUUCGGCUUGAACAUUUACGUUUCUUGCUGGUUUUGAAAUAAUAAUAACUUCUGAGUGCGCGAAAAAAAAUCACAAAAAUGAGCGAAUGGAAUUUGAAUGAUGGCAUCGAAGAUGUAGACGACGAAGAAAAAGUAUCUUUCACUGGACGUGAUGGAACGAUUUAUUUGAUUGAUGCUGACAUUUCCAAAAAUGAAGAACACUUUUUCAUGUGUUUGAGCUGCAUCGAAGAGGAUCUGUUGAAGGGCAUCCUUGCCAAUUCCAGAGAUAUGGUUUCGGUUGUAUUUUAUAACACGAAAAACAGUCCACCGCCAAGUGCUCAAUUGACCGACAACGAAGAUACAAACAUAAUCAGCGCUGAAAAUUGCGCCACUUUCAUUCCGCUGAAACCGUUAAGCAAAAAUUUGAUUCAGUACUUCAAGAACUUUCGUCAAUCGAGCAACUUUUUCAAUUUCAACGAAACUCAUGGCAUCUCGAAUGGAAGUUCGUUCAGUGAAGCUCUGUGGUUGUGUUCCCGUUUGAUUAUCCGGUGCAACUAUCGAUUGCAUCGUUCAAGAAUCAUUUUGUUCACAAACAAUGAACUACCAUACAUGAAUGGUACAAAAGAACAAAACGAUGCACUCAUUCGAGCAAAAGAUUUGUUGGACAAUAAGAUCGAUGUCGAUUUGGUACCGUUAGUCGACGAAUUCAAUAUGGACGCGUUUUACAUGGAAUUUUUGAGCGCAGCAUCGGGAAUCCCACCAGAUGAACUACGUUUGGACAGUCCAGCGACACAACGUGAGCAUAUGCUGCAUCGCCAUCCACGAAGAAAUAAUCGAAAAUCUUGUUUGCGACACAUCAACUUUGAACUGGCCGAUUCUGUGUCACUGUCGUGCAACAUUUACAGUCUCACUCGAAAAGCACGCAAGCCAAACGCCAUUAAUAUGUUACGUGAAAAUAAGGAAAUCGUUCUCGCAAAGCGAUCGUAUGUUGUCGAGCAACAGAGUGCGGAGGAUCCAGAAGAGGUCGUUCAACGCGAGGUGCUCCCUGGUCAAAUGUUCAAAGGUCAAAUGAUUUGCGGAAAGGAAAUUUUAUUCAGUUCAGAUGAAAUGAAAAAAAUGAAAGAGAUUCAAGACGUUGGGCUUCGAUUGUUGGGCUUCAAACCACUUGCUGCACUGAAACCGAGAUGGAUGAUCAAGCAUUGUUUGUUUUUGUAUCCAAGCGAAAAGAAAAUUAAUGGCUCGACAAAAGUGUUUCGUGCUCUGUGGGAAAAAUGCUUGGAAAAGGAAAAAUAUGCUCUCUGCACCUUGACAAUGCGACGUCUGACAUCACCAAAAUAUGUUGCUUUGGUGCCACAAACAAUCGCCAGUGGUGGCAACGACGGGUUUUGCAUAGUUUUCUUGCCAGUCGAAACGAAUAUCGGUGUAAUUGAUGCCCUGGUAAAGCCAUUGCCAGAUGUUACCCCGGAACAACAAUCUUUGUCCGAAUUGUUGUGCAAAAAAUUGCGUUUCAAGUAUUCACCGGAAAACUUCCCAAAUCCAGCACUGAAUUUAUUCUACAAACGUCUUGAAGAAACCGUUUACGAUGAUGAAGAAAUGGAGGAUGUAAUUGAUGCAACAUUACCAGAUCUUGGCCGUCAAGACGAACAACUUGUCAAAUAUAACAUUCUCGAACGUUUUUUUAUGGAAUUUGGAACGGAAGAUGUUGUCACAAGUGGAAAACGUGGAGCGGGUGGACAAGGCGAUGGUACACGAGCAAAGACCUCAAAGAAGGAUUUGUCUGAAUCGCAGAUUGAAGAGGCAAUUCGAAAUGGACGGAUUGAAGCAGUCACUGUGCCACAGAUAAAAGAUUUCAUCCGAAGCCGUAAUGCACACGCCCCAAAUGGCGCAAAACAGGCAUUGUUCGAGUUCUCUCAACGACUCAUCGAUUAGUGAUGUUCUCGGCCAAACCAACCGAUUGUUUCAAAAUAUAAUAAAUAAAAGAUGUCAUUCUUGAUAUAAAAAAAUGAAAUGAAAACGAAAGAGUUGUUGUGUUCUUUUUGGAAUCAAUGAAAGUAUAUUUUCAAGUUGUAUGUUUGUUUAACAAAUAAUCAUUAUUGUUCACGCUGCAUCUUCUCUGCAACAACUAAUUAUAAACUACAUUCUACAU